AAGGGGGCUGAGGCGACCCGGAAGCGGAAGUGGAAGAAAGUUCUAGUGGCCUGACGUAUCCGCGGGAGCAGCAGGGUGGCGGGAGGAACCGUUACGGGAACUGAAGCUGCCGAUUAAGCCUGAUCAAGAUGACAACCUCCCAAAAGCACCGAGACUUCGUGGCAGAGCCCAUGGGGGAGAAGCCAGUGGGGAGCCUGGCUGGGAUUGGUGAAGUCCUGGGCAAGAAGCUGGAGGAGAGGGGCUUUGACAAGGCCUAUGUUGUCCUUGGCCAGUUUCUGGUGCUAAAGAAAGAUGAAGACCUCUUCCGGGAAUGGCUGAAGGACACGUGUGGCGCCAACGCCAAGCAGUCCCGGGACUGCUUCGGAUGCCUUCGAGAGUGGUGCGACGCCUUCUUGUGAUGCUCUCUGGGAAGCUCUCAAUCCCCAGCCCUCAUCCAGAGUUUGCAGCUGAGUAGGGACUCCUCCCCUGCCCUCUACGAAGGAAAAGAUUGCUAUUGUCGUACUCACCUCCGAUGUACUCCAGGGUCUUUUGGGAGUUUUCUCCCCUAACCAUUUCAACUUUUUUGGAUUCUCGCUCUUGCAUGCCUCCCCCGCCCUUUUUCCCUUGCCGGUUCCCUGGUGACAGUUACCAGCUUUCCUGAAUGGAUUCCUGGCCCCGUCCCUCACCCCCCACCCUCACUUUCAGUCCGUUUGAUACCAUUUGGCUCCUUUUUGGGCAGAACAGUCACUGUCUUUGUAAAGUUUUUUAGAUCAAUAAAGUCAGUGGCUUUCAUGA